AUGGCGGACAGCAAGCAGGGAAACAGUGAGAUAUCGAAUGAAAAACCAAAAAGGAAACACAAACAAUCACUUGGAAGACAAUGUGCAGCUUAUGGAUGUGAUAACAGAACAUUUAGAGAAGAAGGAGGAGAAAGAGUCACAUCAAAGAUAUCUUUUUUUACGUUCCCUGAGAGUGCAAACAGAGUCAAAUACUGGUGCUCUCGUAUCAAACGUGUAAACGGAAAGGACAACUUCAAAGUAACCAAAACAACUGUACUUUGUGAAAAACAUUUCAGACCAGAAGAUAUCUAUCGUCCUCCAGGGGGUACAAAGAAGAGACUUUCAAAUAAAGAGACUGUCAUUCCAUACUUUACUGAGGAUGAAGCUUUAGAUGCCAGCUCAACAAACACAACAAAUCCCAAAAAGCGAAAGCCACCAGCUUCAAGAGCAUCCCCACGAAAGAAGUGUAGAGAAACCCAAGAACCUUUUCCUGAGCCUCAACAGGAUCCAGUCAUAGAACCAGAGAUUGAAGAAUCAAUUGACUGGCAACAGCUUUUUCCAGAAAAACAGUAUAUGUGGUUUGACCCUAAAACUAAUAAACCCCAAACAUUUUAUUCUGAACAACCCUACACAAGAAUGAGAUCGAAAGCAUUGUCUCUUCGAGGAACUGGAGAGAAAAAAUUGAUUCAAUGUUAG